GUCAUCCAUCCUCGCCACCUGUGGUGGACACCGUUCAUGGCAAAGUCUUGGGGAAGCACGUCAGCUUAGAAGGAUUUGCACAGCCUGUGGCCGUCUUCCUGGGAAUCCCUUUUGCCAAGCCGCCUCUUGGACCCCUGAGGUUCACUCCACCGCAGCCUGCAGAACCAUGGAGCUUCGUAAAGAACACCACGUCUUACCCUCCUAUGUGCUCCCAAGAUGCAAUGGCGGGACAGGUGCUCUCAGAGCUUUUUACCAACAGAAAGGAGAACAUUCCACUCAAGUUUUCUGAAGACUGUCUUUACCUAAAUAUUUACACUCCUGCCGACUUGACAAAGAAAAGCAGGCUGCCGAUGCCCAUGUUAACUGCUUCCUCCCAUCUCUACUGGAGUCUGAAAGGUGCCUCACACUUCACCACAGGGGAUGAACACAGCCGAGGGAACUGGGGUCACUUGGACCAGGUGGCUGCACUGCGCUGGGUCCAGGAGAACAUUGCUAACUUCGGAGGGAACCCAGGCUCUGUGACCAUCUUUGGAGAGUCAGCAGGAGGUGAAAGUGUCUCUGUUCUUGUAAGUGCUCCUGUCACCAGGCCCCAUCCCAGUCUUGAUGUGGCUGCUGGUGGGACCUCUUGGAGACUUGCCAAUCCAGCCAUGGGCACCUUUGCUUACAAGAUCUGGAUUCAGGGCUGA